AAAAGUUGGGAAGUUACGAACGGAAGCACCACAGAAAUUUCCGGGAAAAACAAGACAGCAGUUGACGACCUCGUCCCCUCCCUCGCCACCGAUUCACCCAAACUCCACCUCCGAUCCUGCCGUCGACGCUACCAAAUUCAGCAAAUUCGAUAUCGAAACACUAAUCCCAGUCAACCCACCAAGCCGCCCAAGAAGUAGUUCGGUCCGCCGAGAAGCAAUUCGGAGAUGAAGAAGAUCUUCGGCGCCAAGAAGAGCCAGGACCCGCCGCCGUCCAUCCAGGACGCCACCGACCGGAUAUACAAGCGGGGCGACACGGUGGACGAGAAGAUCAAGAAGCUCGACGCGGAGCUGGCGCGGUACAAGGAGCAGAUCAAGAAGACGCGCCCCGGCCCCGCGCAGGAGGCCGUCAAGGCGCGCGCCAUGAGGGUCCUCAAGCAGCGAAAGAUGUAUGAAGGACAGCGUGACAUGCUGUACAACCAGACGUAUAACCUCGACCAAGUUGCUUUCGCAUCAGAAGGGAUUAAAGAUGCUCAACAGACUAUGACUGCAAUGAAGGCUGCCAAUAAAGAGCUUAAAGGGAUGAUGAAAACUGUGAAGAUCGAAGAUAUAGAUAGCAUGCAAGACGAGAUGAUGGAUCUUAUGGAUGUGAGCAAUGAAAUACAAGAAACUCUCGGUAGAAGCUACAAUGUCCCAGAUGACAUCGACGAGGAAGAACUUAUGGGAGAGCUUGAUGCUUUGGAAGCUGACAUGGACUUCGAAUCGAGUUCGGUUCCAUCUUACCUUCAACCGGACAAGGAGUCAGAUCUAGAUUCUGAGCUCAACUUACCUGCUGCGCCGAGUGGUCAUGCAGCAGCCCCGAACCGGCAGCAGGAGGAUGAACUGGGGUUGCCUACGGUGCCGCAUGCAUCAAUCCGUACCUGAAACUAAUGAAUGAUGGUGUAGGUUUGAUUCUCGAUGUAAAUGAUUGACUCCGCUCUUCAUUGUAUCUUUUUUUUCUCUCUCGUAUACCACUACCAUUUGUUUGUUAAACGAUGGAAUAUAUCUCCUCUGCAUUGUCUGGUCGUGGCUUUUAGAAAGAGGACUGUAAAUCCCAUCCUGGUUUCAUGUCUUGUUUUGGAGUAAUGCAUGAAUGAUAAAAGGAGCUGUAGUCUAUUAUUAUUUUUAGUUCAGUUGAAAUAUGAUUAUGACGAAUCUUGA